UUGCCUCCUCUGUGUUACCAGGUCUGGCUCUUCGAGUUUGAGAACUUCCAGGGCCGAAGGGUGCACCUGACGGGGGAAUGUUCUAACAUCUGUAAUUAUGGUUUUGACCGGGUCAAGUCCAUCAGGGUAGACUGUGGACUGUGGGUAGGAUAUGAGCAGCAAAGCAUGAUGGGUGAGAUGUUCAUGCUGGAGAAAGGAGAGUACCCUCGCUGGGACAGCUGGACUAGCAGCUACAGAAAUGACCACCUCAUAUCUGUCAGACCGGUUUACAUGAAUGGUAUGCAUCAUAAGAUUUGCCUGUUUGAAUGUGCCAACUUUGAUGGUCGCAAGAUGGAGGUUUGCGAUGAGGACAUCCCCAGUCUGUGGUCCUACAGCUUCCAGGACCGCGUGGCCAGCAUCCAGGUCACUGGUGGAGUUUGGGUGGGCUACCAGUAUCCUGGUUACCGUGGUUACCAGUACGUGUUUGAGUGUGGUACCUAUCCACACUGGAACAACUGGGGUGCCCGCCAUCCCCAGAUCCAGUCUAUCCGACGUGUGAAGGACUCACAGACGUACCACCGGGGCCACUUCACCAUGGGUCUGUAGGAGCAGCCAAGCUGAGCUAGCGUCCCCUUUGGCGAACACGACAAAAUAAAACUAUUAUCAGUAAUAAGCAUAAGAACCAUCAGAUGCACAGUUUGUACUCCUGCUCUCAGUAAUCACUAUAGGCCAAUAGUAUCGCCGUGAUUGGUAACUGGAUCCAGCCACAAUAU